AUGGCGAACGGCUGGAGCGUGAUAAUCGGCCUCGUGAUUGUCGUCCUUGCCUGCCUGGCAGGAUGGUUCUUUGCGCCCAAGGGCGAGACUCAAACGUAUGCUCUGCGCCCCUUCCUGCUAUUCAUUCAUGUUAUCUUUCUCCGAAGAAAAUUAGCUAACAACUUUGCAGCAUCUGGCGAAGCUCGUUGA